GCCGCGCGGCGGGACGCUGAGGACGCGCUCGUCGCCCGCCGCGAUCCGGGCCCGGCGCCCUGACUCUCCACGUAGUCGCGGCCCUCUCGGGUCUCUGUCGCCCGACUCAGCGAUUCCCGCACUCCACCCCUAGUUUUCCUUCUAGAACUGUCUGAAAGUCGCGCCAGUGCCACCGCACUGAUGAUCUUUAUACUGACUUUCUGUUUUCGAAGAGAUCGAUGUUAAUUAAGUAGCUUGCCAGCUCCCGUUUCCCCCGUUGCAGUAGUGCAGCGAACACGAUGGAGUAUAGGGAUUCCACCCUGGGGUUAACAGCACAGAGAAUGGUGCCAAUACCUCGUUUCAUGAGGACGAGUAGUCAUUUGAAAAUCCAUAGGUAGGCCAGUGAGAUGGCUCGAUGGGUAAAACCAACUGCUGCCUGUGCUCAGCCCCUGAAACUGAAGUGCCAGGAGAGACCUGACAGCCACAAGCAGCCCUCUGACCUCCACACGUGCGCACACGCAGACACACGCAUAUCUCACUGUCUAGCCCUGGCUGACCGGAGACUUGCUAUUUAGUCUAGGCCGGCCUAGAAUGCGGAGGUCUGUGUGCCUCUCUGCUUUCUGAGCACCCGCAUUAAAGGAGUGUACCAUCACGCCUAGCAGACUGAACAUUUGAAAUAUUUCAGCCAUGACUAAGAGAGAAGCAGAAGAACUGAUAGAAAUUGAGAUUGAUGGAACUGAGAAACCUGAGUGCACAGAAGAAAGCAUUGUGGAACAGACCUAUACACCAGCUGAAUGUAUAAGCCAGGCCAUAGACAUCAAUGAACCAAUAGGCAAUUUAAAGAAACUACUAGAACCAAGACUGCAGUGUUCUUUAGAUGCUCAUGAAAUUUGCCUGCAAGAUAUUCAGCUGGAUCCAGAGCGAAGUUUAUUUGACCAAGGCGUCAAAACAGAUGGAACUGUACAGCUUAGUGUACAGGUAAUUUCUUACCAAGGAAUUGAGCCAAAGCUAAACAUUCUUGAAAUUGUUAAAACUGCGGAAACGGUUGAAGUGGUCAUUGAUCCAGAUGCCCACCAUGCAGAAGCAGAGGCACAUCUCGUUGAAGAAGCUCAAGUGAUAACUCUAGAUGGCACCAAGCAUAUCACAACUAUUUCUGAUGAAACCUCAGAGCAAGUGACAAGAUGGGCUGCUGCACUGGAAGGCUACAGGAAAGAGCAGGAACGCCUCGGGAUCCCCUAUGAUCCUAUACAGUGGUCCACAGACCAAGUCCUGCAUUGGGUAGUUUGGGUAAUGAAGGAGUUCAGCAUGACUGAUAUAGACCUCACCACACUCAACAUUUCGGGAAGAGAAUUAUGUAGUCUCAACCAAGAAGAUUUUUUUCAGCGGGUCCCUCGGGGAGAAAUUCUCUGGAGUCAUCUGGAGCUUCUUCGAAAAUAUGUUUUGGCAAGCCAAGAACAACAGAUGAACGAGAUAGUUACAAUUGACCAGCCGGUGCAAAUUAUCCCAGCAUCAGUGCAGUCUGCUACACCAACUACGAUCAAAGUUAUAAACAGUAGUGCAAAGGCAGCCAAAGUGCAGAGGUCCCCAAGGAUUUCGGGAGAAGAUAGAAGCUCACCUGGAAAUAGAACAGGAAACAAUGGUCAGAUUCAACUGUGGCAGUUUUUGUUAGAACUUCUCACUGACAAGGAUGCUCGAGACUGUAUUUCUUGGGUUGGUGAUGAAGGCGAAUUUAAGCUAAAUCAACCUGAAUUGGUUGCGCAGAAAUGGGGACAGCGUAAAAACAAGCCUACAAUGAACUAUGAGAAACUCAGCCGUGCGUUACGGUAUUAUUAUGACGGGGACAUGAUUUGUAAAGUUCAAGGCAAGAGAUUUGUAUACAAAUUUGUUUGUGACUUGAAGACUCUUAUUGGAUACAGUGCAGCAGAACUAAACCGCUUAGUCACAGAAUGUGAACAGAAGAAACUUGCAAAGAUGCAGCUCCAUGGAAUCGCCCAGCCAGUCACAGCCGUAGCCCUGGCUGCUGCCUCUCUACAAACAGAAAAGGACAAUUGAGAUCUAGGACCUCCUAGGAAUCUAAGGCUUUUCUUAAAUAUUUAGAGCAAGCUUUGCUCUAACAUUUAUUAUUGAAUUUGAAUCUUAUUUCUAGACUGUACAAUCUGAUGCAUGAUUUUUUUAUAAAUAUUUCAUACUCUUGUGAAUUUGGAUCUUUUUACUUUGAGCAUAUAUUUUAGAAAAUGUGUUAAAGGAUCUCCACGAUGCCUGAAGUCUGAGAGCAGGUUCAUCGUGGGGUAGUUUGCUAACAGUCAGGAAAGCUAAAAUGGUCAGUAUUAAUGUCUAGCCCUACCAAAAACAGCCAGUAGCGUCUGAAGAUGACAGUAAGGAAGUGUCUGUAGGAAACAGCCUGGUGUAACCGUUGCCAGAGUGAAGCUGUUUCCCCUCUGCUGCUUUACAUAGAGCUGCCAAAAGGGAGUUCUCAGCUAAAGCAUGUGUGCCUGUUUCAUCUAAUCAAGCAGAGCUAAGUGUUCAUAUAGAAUAAAAUUAUAUUGAUAAUUACUGAACUAUCAGGUUAUUAAUUUAUAUAUUUACGAGUAAAGAAUAAGUUAACUGGCAGAAGAGCGUGUUAGAUGAGACCGGUUUAAAGCCGGCUUAACUCAAGCCUUUACUAAUGGUUCUCUGUAUAGUUUAUUACGUCAGGCCAAGGACUUAAAUUAUUUCGAGAAAGGCAUUUAAUUCUAAUAAACCAGCUAUUGCAAAAAAAAAAAUUCCAAAAUAAUACCAUUCUUUGGAUUUUAAAAAGUAUACCUCAGUAAGAAAAUAAAAAUUUGGUUUAGACUUCUUUUUUUUUUAAAACUAAUCUAUAGUAUCAGAUUAUUGCGCAACACCAUUUAUGUAUUUCUGUGUUUCUGAUAAAAUGAAGACUUUAGAUCAGACAAAAGUACUUAACUUUGAAAAUGUUAGUAAAUUACUUGUGAAUAGUUAUAAAUGGAUUUGGCUUGGCGCUGUAGGAGAUCUUUAAAUAAACUUCCCCACUUGUUUCAUUUGUUUUCCUUUUGAAUAUUUCAUAUGUGUCUCUAAAAUAUUAUAUAGAUAUGGCCAGCUAAUCACUUUCUGCAUGUAUGAAGACAUAAAGAUAUUCAAAAGGGAUACUAUUAUUUCUAAAAUCUUUAAAUAAAUCUUAUAAGAGAUGCCUUACUGCUUGCUAACACUAAGAAGAAAAUGUUAGAAGAAUCUUUUGUUUUAAAGUACUGUACAUAAAUCAUGAGAGACUAGCAAAUAGGUGUUCAUAGCAGAAAGGUGUUCCUCAGAACAGUAUAAAGGCUGCCUUAUACACCUCUCAUUUUAUUCUUUCAAUUCAUGCCCAGAAAUGACUUUAGAAGAACCCAUUUGAUGCUGGCUAGUAGGUAAAGCACCUGUGAUUGCAGCCUGAUCGGUAUUGCUGAGACUAAGAUGUGACUUGGAGUGUAAGGGACAAGAAAGAAGGAUCGUUUACCUCCUACAUCUUAAUUUCCACUGCUGUGCUGUCAGACUUCAGCAAGUAUUGUUUGCUUAUAUUAAGUCCUUUAAGAUUCUACAGUAAGUACUUAAAAACAAUUAAACUGUGUUUUUUUAUUUUGUUUUUAAUAAACAGAAAGCUGACAAAUAUCAGCACUACUUGAUCCCCAUGAUUUUAAGAAUAUCUUGAGUAAGCUGGGCGAUGGUGGCUCACGCCUUUAAUCCCAGCACUCGGGAGGCAGAGGCAGGAGGAUCUCUGUGAGUUCGAGACCAGCCUGGUCUACAGAGCUAGUUCCAGGACAGGGUCCAAAGCCACAGAGAAACCCUGUCUCGAAAAACCAAAAAAAAAAAAAAAAAAAAAAAGAAUAUCUUGAGUAUAAAAAUUAUCUCAAGAUCCUUACUUCAGAUAACAAAUUCGCAGCUGUAAAGAAGGCUUUUCCCAUCUUUUUAAAGCCCAGGGAGCCAGAAGUCACUGUUUCAAAACAGGCUAUUUCAAUAGAACACUGAGAGUUUGAGAAUCUUACAGUUAAAAUGUUUCAGAGGCAGGAUGUUAAGGAUAGACGUUAAUGUUUCAUUUGUAUAAAUGUAUGUUUUUAAGUAAAGGAACAUCUGUAUUUCUAGGUCCCUAAAAUCUAAUAAAGCAUUUUCAAGUGCUUUUCAAUACAAAACAAGCUACAUUCUGUAGAUUUUCUUUGUUUGGUAGAUUUUGUUUUGGUGGUGAUUUGAGCAGAGUUCUCAGUCGUAAGAUGCUCAUUUCCCCCUCUCUCCUAUGCACUUUCACUCUGGAAAUGAGAGGGUCUCUCCUUUACUCAAGCUUCAUGUAGACAGAGAAUAUUUGUUGUCCUUACGAGGUCACGGUUUGCUAGUCUUUAUUAAAAACAACUCAUCUUGUGAAAGAAAAUACUAAUUUGUGGUAUUCUUUGCUCAAUUUUGUUACACAUUUUUCAUAGGAUUUAAGAUAGUCAAACUAAAAGAACCAUCUUUUAAAGAUGGACCAUCUUUUGUACCUUGUAAGUUCAAGAAUAAUGAAAUGUUUUUGUUUUAAAAUAAUUUUCAAUUUGAUGUUUACAUUGAGAUCAUUUUAUACAUGUGCUAGCCUGAAGUCUGAACAUUUGUGCUGGCAUUGGAAAAGUCCAGCUAGCUAGGCAGAAUUGCUGUGUGUGCUUGAUCUCCACACGAUGAAUUAACUGAUUACAUUCAUUUUGGUGUCAAUCCAUGUAAAUAAAUUAGGAAAAAAUAUUUAAUUUUUCUCCCAGAUAAAAGGUGAUACUUGAGUGUGGUUAUUUCUUUUAAGGAGUGUACCUCCAAAUAUUUUUGGCAAGUUCUGUCGUUUUCUGCAUUUGCCAUUUAUGCUACUGCCUUUUAUAAAGAACCUAGUGUAUCCUUGAGAUAGCACAAAAAUGUUUUAAAAGUUUGUAACUGCAAAACAAACCUGUGUCUGACUUAAUGUCCUCAAUCUAAAGGCUAUAAAAAUGUUGGUAUUUCAAUACUUUACUUAUUCCCAAGAAAAUAAUAUUCUGUCUUUUGUAGAAGGGAGGAGAAUUUUUGCAUACAUUUUUACUCUUUAAAUAAAGAGACUUAUACUAUCAUAAUAACAAUUAUGUAUUUCUUUGGUUUUUUUGUAAUUUUACAUAAAGCAGUUAUUUUCUAUUUUUACUCAGAUAAAAAUAUUUGUGCAUAAAAUGUAAAAAUAGUAAAUGAGAAAAAUAAAACUUAUACAAUAAAUUCUUAUGUUGAAAGGUU